AUGAAUAAGCGGGUCCUUAAGCUGAGUGACAUUCGACGACAGUCUGGAACACAUCUUCUGAAUCGUCCGGUCUAUGAUGCCCAAAGUGAGCUCAAUUGUCGUCCGGGAAGAUCAAAUGACCUGUUGAAGGACCCAAGCAUGCAGCGGUCCAGAGAAAAGCGGUACAAGUCUCAGACCACCCGCCGCGCUGUUCCAGCAAGCCGCGCGCCAAUGGCAGAAUAUCGAAACGUCAAGGUACAAGCAUGCACUUUGCACGUGACGGCAGCAGAGAAGUACCUUUGCAUUCUUCCGCAUUGGUAA